CGCGUCACUUUGGACGAGCACGAAGAGCAAUAGACGACAGCAAUCUACAGUCAAAGGCUACUCUGAAUCCUGCUUACCAUUCGAAAGGGGCCAGAGUUCAAACCGCUAGUAUGAUCGCGAACCAUCAAGUCUUCACAGAGCCAUGGGCGCACAAAGGUCACAGUAGUGAAGCCAAUGUCAUGCAGCAGUCCUUUCUUCCCUCACAAGGGCCAGCGGAUGUGGCAGCACACGCUGCAGCAGACCCUACAACACACACUACAUCACCUAUCGUCACCGGUACAUCCGUGAUUGGUCUCAAAUUUCAGGACGGUGUCAUGCUUGCUGCGGACAAUCUGGCUUCAUAUGGAUCCAUGGCGCGUUUCAGGAAUAUUGAGCGUUUGAUUCAAGUCGGACCAUACACGACUGUCGGUGUUGGUGGUGAUAUUUCUGAUUUCCAAUAUAUUGAGCGAUUGCUUGAUGACUUGACGAUUCGCGAGCAAGAUGCCGCAGAUGGGCAUGCGUUGCGUCCAGAACACGUUCACGAGUAUCUAAGCAGGGUCAUGUACAAUCGCCGCUCGAAGCAAAAUCCACUAUGGAAUAGCAUGAUUGUUGCUGGCACUGCGCCAGCGCCGAAAUCAAUUAAAGUGGUGGAGCAGGGCAGUACGCCCAAGAAGAGCGAGGGCGCAUUCAUGGCUUUUGUGGACCUGCUCGGUACGACAUACAGCUCACCGGUCAUUGCAACAGGUAUGGGAUCAGCUAUGGCCAUUCCAUUGCUGCGCAAGGCGACAGACAACGAAGCCUGGAAGACAUUAUCGCGCGAAGAUGCACGCAAAGUGGUGGAUGAAUGCAUGAAAGUGCUAUUCUACAGAGACGCACGCAGUCUGAAUAAGUUCUCUGUGGCGACGGUGACGCUUGAGCAAGGUGUGCAAUUUGAGCGCGACCAAAAGGUGGACACGCAAUGGAAGUUUGCAGAGUUUCAAUAUGGCUACAAGUAGCUAUGGAGCACUAGCUGGACGUUGAUACCUAGCCAUGUGUAGAUCAAAUAUCUGGUCUAGACCUCUUGAUACUGCAGGUGGUUUCUGGCCCAGCGAACUUCCCCACAAUGCAACGACAUCUUGAACCCCAUUCACAUCAGUCUACUUGUGGAGCACUUGAAUCGUCCAUAGUCUAUACUAUCCAAGCUAUGUUGCAACCUUCGCAAAAGGCAGAUCCGGCUGUUGCAGCGCUCACCGCCAAGCUUGGUGGUGCAGCAUCCAAUGCCAUGCUCAUGUUACUUCUCUACACCUAGGUGGAAACGUGCUCUGAGGAUGACGCUACAGAGCAGGGGGUUCGGUCAGUCAGCGUUAAGACAAGGAGACUCGCGCUGGACGGCAGCGCCUCCUUGCACGCACGGUAGAACAGGC